AUGUCGUCGUUGUUCGAUAUCAGUAUUAACGGGAAUAAAGUAACGGAAAUUAGAGACAAUAAUGGUGAGCCUAUUGACUGUGUUAAGAAACUUUGCGAAUUAUGUCCUACAUUGGAGAUAAUAGAUGAUAAAUUACUUCAUGAUGAGAACAAACCAACAUUAGCCGAAUCAGGUGCUGAUUCGUUAACCAACGUUGAAAAAGAACUGAAAGAUAUGGAUAGUACAUUAGAGAACUGCAUUACAGACAUACAAACUCAAUUUAAUGUUUUAUUCAAUGAUCUUAAUGAAUUGAAGUCAACAUCGAAUGACGAAAUAUUGGAUGAAAAUGAUGAUGAUGAUGAUAAUAAUAAUAAUAGUAAUGAAAAUAUGGGAGUAAUGGCUGAAACAUCGUUUAUUCGACGCCUUGACAUUCAGCGAAAAGAACUACAAGAUUAA